AUGUUCUAUUAUAAAUUGAAAUGUGUCUUGUAUACACCCGAAAAGCUCGACCUUCCUAGCACUUUUUUUGGCUCCUUUCCAGCGAUCAAUGUACAGAUUACCAGCUAUUUAAGCAACUAUAAACACAGCAGCAAUGCCAAAGCACCCCCAUUACGAAGAAGGUCUUCACAACCACCGCAGUCAACACAAAAGCACGCUCCUCCAACUCCCAUUCACAACGUAAAGCCUCACUCAAAUCAUAGCUUAGAAGGUCAAAUUGAUUUUCGCUUUGGGCCUAUCGAGAUGACAGCCAUGGAUGUAUCAGCUCACAAUACCAGAAAGAAAAAGAAGCGCAUGGAUGAAUCGACGCAUCAUCUGGGCUAUGGGGUCAUGCAUCUAUAUAGGAGCCAUCAUUCAUUAACAGAGCAAGAGCUACCAGAUACGAAACUGGCAAAAGAACAAUCAUUGAAUGCAUCAACCACUGAACAAGAUGAAGAUACCACACUGUGUAUAUUGGCUGUGCCCUCGUACAUGACCUUCAAAGAUUUCACAGAUUUUCUUGGAUCAGCAAACUCGCAUAUCGAGCGCUAUCGCUUCAUUCGAGAUUUCUCGCCCAACAAAUACACAGUAUUACUCAAGUUCAAAGAUCGACAAUCAGCAUUUGCUUGCUAUCAAAAGUUCAAUGGAAGACGAUUCAACAUGACAGAGCCUGAAAUUAGUCAUGUUGUAUACCUAGAAUCCAAUACAGUCGAAACAGUCGCCAUUCCACCUCAAUCAUACCCCUAUUUAAACGAGACAUUAAGUCAAGAUAUAGCACACGAGAUACAGGAUAUGGCAGAGCUACCGACAUGCCCUGUGUGUUUGGAACGCAUGGACGAAAGCAUCACGGGGUUACAGCAUAUCCAGUGCCAUCACACAACGCAAUGCUACUGCAUCGAUAAAUGGGGCCAUAAUCAAUGUCCUGUAUGCCGCUAUUCGCAACGACCUGUAUUGUCAGCAUCAUCAGCCAAGAAGAACACGCACUAUGAAUACGAGCAAGUACAAUGCGAAUGUUUUGAGUGCUCCUCUACGGAGAGUUUAUGGAUUUGCAUGGUUUGUGGACAUGUGGGUUGUGGAAGAUACCAAGAGGCGCAUGCGUAUGAUCAUUUCAUGGAGACAAAUCACCUAUACGCAUUGGAGAUCGAGACACAGCGUGUAUGGGAUUACUUGGGAGAUGGCUAUGUGCAUCGAUUGAUACAGAAUACCGUGGAUGGUGCUAUUGUCGAAUUGCCCAGUCGCAGCGAAAACAACUCUGUAGCUCCAGAAGACAGCGGUCAUAUGAAGAGAAUUCACUCGUCCAUGAUGAGACUGGAUAUUGGGUCAGGAUCUGGUGGCUACGGUCAUGAUGGAGCAGCUGUCGGUGGAUUUGGCAGCAGUAGAUCUGGCAGCGCAGAUAAUUUGGGUGCUCAGGGCAGUCAUCAGCAAGGGAAAUUAGAUUCAAUAUCUGUGGAUUAUACCUACAUGCUUACAUCGCAAUUGGAUUCACAGCGAAUGUACUACGAGGAGCAAUUAGACGCGUUGACGGAGGAGCUGUCCAACUUAACGAGCCAAGUGUCGACCAUCAGCCAAGAAAUUGAAGCAGCUAAAAAGCAUAAAACAGAACUGAUUGACAAGGGAAUAUCUCUGGAUAUAGCUAUUACUGAUGUCAAGAAAGAAAAGGAGAAGGCUGACAAGAGAGCACUCAGUUACAAGGACAAAUAUGAGGCGAUGCAAAAGAAUUUGAAUGAAGAAAAACUGCUCACAAAAUCCCUAAUCAGAAACAACGAAUUGCUCAAGAAAGAUGCAGAUGACAAGGAUGCUACAUUAAAAGUACUCGGCGACCAAGUUCGUGAUUUGAUGUUCUUUUUAGAGGCUAGAGAUAAGGUGAAAGAGGGCGAUGAUGACAAGAGUAACGAUGAAAAUAAGUCGUAG